UUAAAUGGAUAAAAUGGACAUUUUGGGUGAUGGAAGUUCACAGACACUCCCUUAGUUUGCUGGAAGGCAACUAUAACUGACACAGAGUUGCUCUCAAACCUCUCCUCAUCCUGGAAUGAAGCACCACUUGUUAAACAGCAGCCAGGCGAGGCCAGGCUCCUCCUACUCAAAGUAUUUGUUGUUCCCGCCCCUUUCACAGAUCUGCCAAUGUUGGGUGUGACACCAUGUGAUUCAUGUAAGAGCUGAAAUGCCCAUACACUGAAGAUCGGAGAGAGGGAAUGAGGAAAUUAGCUCAGCUUUUAUCUGGAAUCAAAACUUACUGACAUUCACUGUCAUCGAGGGGAGAAAUGGCACAGAAAGAGAUCUUGGAUCAAGAAAAGCUGAGCUGUUCGAUCUGUCUGGAUCUUCUAAAGGAUCCGGUGACUAUUUCCUGUGGCCACAGCUACUGCAUGAGCUGUAUUAAAGACUACUGGGAUGAGAAGCUUGAGGAUAAAACACACAGCUGCCCUCAGUGCAGGCAGAGCUUCACAGAGAGGCCCGUCCUGGGGAAAAACACCAUGUUAGCAGAGUUGGUGGAGGAAGUGAAGAAGGUGGGACUUCAAGCUGCUUCACCUGAUGAACCCUAUGCAGGACCUGGAGAUGUGGCCUGUGAUUUCUGCCUUGGGAUGAAGCUGAAAGCCUGCAAGUCCUGUUUGGUGUGUAUGGCCUCUUUCUGUGAGCAACACCUUAAGCCUCACUACAACGUCGCUCCGUUAAAGAAACACAAGCUGGUUGAAGCCACUUUAAAGCUUCAGGAGAACGUCUGCUCUCGCCACGACGAGGUGAUGAAGAUUUUCUGCCGCACCGACCAGAAGUGCAUCUGUUAUCUCUGCUCCAUGGACGAUCAUAAAGGCCAUGACACGGUGUCUGCUGCAACAGAGAGGGCUGACAGGCAGACAGAGCUCGGGGCCAGUCGACAAAAACUCCAGCAGAGAGUCCAGGACAGAGAGAAAGACGUCAAGGUGCUGCAGCAGAGGGUGAAGGCUUUCAAUCAAUCUGCUGGUGCAGCUGUGAGGGACAGCGAGGAGAUCUUCACUGAUUUGAUCCGUCUCAUUAAGAAGAGAAGCUCCGAGGUGAAGCAGCAGAUCAGAAGCCAGCAGGAAACCCAAGUGAGUCAAGCUAAAGAGCUGGAGGAGAAGCUGCAGCAGGAGAUCACUGAGCUGCAGAGGAAAGACACUGACCUGCAGAAGCUCUCACACUCAGAAGAUCACCUGCAUUUCCUCAACAACUACCCCUCGCUGUCACGUCUGAGUGAGUCUCAAGACUUACCCAGCGUUGAGAAUUGCCCUCUGCCCUCUUUUGAGGACGUGACAGCAGCUGUGACAGAGGCCAGAGAUAAAGUGAACGCUGUUCUGAGUGAGGAGGGGACAAAGAUCUCACUGGCAGUGACUGAAGUGGACGUUUUACCACCCAGAACCAGAGCUGACUUCAUGAAAUAUUCUACUCAAAUCACACUGGAUCCAAAUACAGUAAAUAAAUAUUUGUCAUUGAGUAACAGGAACAGAAAAGCAACAAAAAUGGCAGCAGAUCAGUCAUAUUCAGUUCACCCAGACAGAUUUACUGGUGUGAAACAGGUCCUGAGUAAAGAGGGUCUGACUGGACGUUGUUACUGGGAGGUGGAGUGGAGCGGGUACACUGAUAUAGCAGUUGCCUACAAGGAUAUUAGCAGAACAGGGACCAUAGAUGAAUGUGGAUUUGGAUUUAAUGACAAAUCUUGGUCAUUAGAAUGUAAAGGUGGUGGUUAUAAAUUCAGACAUAACAAUAUAAAAACUUCCACCUCAGGCCCUCAGUCCUCCAGAAUCGGGGUUUACCUGGAUCACGAGGCAGGUACUCUGUCUUACUACAGCAUCUCUGAUACCAAGACCAUGACCCUCCUCCACAGAGUCCAGACCACGUUCACUCAGCCUCUCUAUCCUGGGUUUUGGCUUCCAUCAAAUACUGGAGACAGUGUUGAGUUGUGUGAUCCCAGGUAGACAGGAGUUUAAAUGCUGAGGUGUGUCUGCAGUGCAGAGAUCAAACAUGAGGCAGAGCUGUGAU